CCGCUGCUCACCUCCCCCAAAAAAAUCAAUCAAAUACUGUACAUAGCAGUCCUUUCACUUCCCAACUCCUUGGCCUUUUUCUUACUCUACUUUUCAUUCUUCCCUACGCUUCUAACUCUUUUCAACUUAAUUUUCAAGUUUCUUUCUAUCAUUUGAUGCAAUAAAUGCAUAGUGAAUUAUAUAACCUCUUAUUUAUCGUAUCUCUUUCGAUUUUUAUAUAUUUUAUCUUCCGUUUUUUUUUUCUUUUUUUCCUUUGGUACUCUCUCCCUCUAUUUAGUCCAUGCCGUUUUUGCUUUCAUUACCCACCUCUUUUUGGUUCCCCUCCUCGCCCCUCCUAUUGCUUCUAGGUCUUGUCUUGUAGACUUGCACCCACAUCCUCUUUAGCCCCAAAAACUUGAAGCUUUUGAAGACCUCAUACCUUGAGCCUUUCUUCAUCCCACAUCGUCUACAGCACUUACCAGCUCUUUAUUGCGCUUCCCUUUCCCCACCAUCUCCGUAUCUCCCCAUCCUUUCUGCGCUCGUUUCUUCCUCACUCCAGGAAAGGUCUUAUCCAUCCUAUUCUGACCAAUCUCUUUGUUUGGUUUGAUUUGUACCCAGUUCCUAUUUACACCCAAAAGAAUGGAAGGGCUUUGGAGAUUCAUGAUUUGAUCUUCUUUUCUUCUGUCCCAUGUAUGGAUAUCAAAGGGACCAGCCCCAAACCCAAAGUCUUGGAUUGCUGAAUUGUUAGCAGAAGCCUCCAUCAGCAGCAGCAGCAGCAGCAGCAGCAACAGCAACCGGUGCUCAAGUUAAGGAAAACCAUCAAAGUAUGUUGUGCGCCGGAGCGAUCUCCAGGACCAGCAGCUCGGCCAAUUCAGCUGCCCCCUACGGCGGGCGGCCGAGCCGGUAUGAGUCCCAGAAGCGCCGUGACUGGAACACUUUUGGCCAGUACCUCCUGAACCACCGCCCGCCGCUUACACUCUCCCGGUGCAGCGGCGCCCAUGUGCUCGAGUUCCUCCGCUACCUAGACCAGUUCGGCAAGACCAAGGUGCACACCAUCGGAUGCCCAUUCUUCGGCAACCCACAGCCCCCGGCCCCAUGCCCAUGUCCCCUCCGGCAGGCCUGGGGCAGCCUCGAUGCACUCAUCGGCCGCCUUCGUGCGGCCUUUGAGGAGAAUGGUGGCCAGCCGGAGGUCAACCCCUUCGGGUCCCGGGCUGUCCGUCUGUACCUCAGGGAGGUCAGGGACAGCCAGGCCAAGGCAAGGGGGAUAGCCUAUGAGAAAAAGAGAAGAAAGCGGGCAUCUCCACCGCAGCAGGGCCAUGACUUGUCGCUGCCGGCCCCCGCGACAGCUGCUGCCAUUGCCCGGCCCGACUUGAAUUCGGUCAGUGGGGGACACCCAGUCCACCUCCAUGCGCAUCUCACGAUGCCGGCCGGGGAGACUGGUGGCCGCCAUGAGCUGAUCAUGGCCGUCGCAGAGGCUCGCUCUUGCAGCGGUAUGAUACCAUUAUCAGUGCUUAAUUAGGUAUUUUGUUUGCACGUAAGAGUCCUUUCUAGUUAUAAUGUGAAGGUCAGUGUGAUCUUCGCGUGUGGUGCACUCUCUGAAGGUUGGCGUACUAGCUGUUUUUCUCUAUGUUUAACAGACAAUUCUAUGUAGCUCAUUGAAUGUAUCUCAUGUUUAUGGUCGUUUAGAUGCAUAUGUUCUGUGCAUGAA